UUGCGCUCCCCGUCGCUAUCAGCAAGUGCACGACGACUGAUCCAGCCAGACUAGUACUCGGAGGACUCUGAGGACAGACAGCACUUGAGUGGAUUUGAUGCAAAGCUGAGCGAAAAGCGGAGAAGCGUGCAGAGAAUCAGCGGAAGACUUGACCAAAAAAAAAGAAAGAAAGAAGAGGAGUCCUCUCAGUGUGUCUACGAUUUGCAUGAACUCCCUGCGGUUGUUGAGAUGAGUCUGAGCACCAGCGAGAUGGAGGACCUGUGGGAGUCCCUGGGCUACCUCAACUUCUCCGACACCUUUUCCAACAUUUCCAGCGUGGACACCACCGUGUGCGCCACGGCGUUCAACCGCUACGCCCUACUCAACUCCAUGUGCGUCCUCUACACCUUCAUCUUUGUCGUGGGCCUGGCGGCCAAUGCUCUGGUCCUGUGGGUGAACGUUCGCGCCCAGCGGGACUCCACCCCUCGACACGAGACCCACACGUACAUCGCCCACCUUUCCGUAGCUGACCUGUGCGUGUGCGCCACCCUGCCCGUGUGGGUGAUCUCGCUGGCCCAGCACGGCCACUGGCCCUUCGGUGAGGUGGCGUGCAAACUCACACACCUGCUCUUCUCUGUCAACCUCUUCGGGAGCAUCUUCUUCCUAGCAUGCAUGAGCGUGGACCGCUAUCUGAGCGUGAGGCGCCACCGAGAGAACCAGGGCGGCGUGCGCAGGAAGUUCACCCGCCGCGUGGUCUGUGUCGGGGUCUGGCUCCUGGCUCUGGUGGCCUCCUUGCCAGACACCUACUUCCUACGUACAGUGAAGGCCUCACAUGGGGACAGCGUGCUAUGCAGGCCCGUGUACCCGGAGGAGAACCCAAGGGAGUGGAUGGUGGGCGUCCAGUUGAGCUUCAUCCUCUUAGGCUUCCUCCUCCCCUUCCCCGUGAUCGCGUUCUUCUAUGCGCUGCUGGCCAGAGCCUUCACUCGUACGUCCUCCCCGUCGUCCUCCACGGUAGAGCAGGAGCGUCGCAUUAGCCGCAGGGUGAUCCUGGCCUACAUCGUGGUGUUCCUGGGCUGCUGGGGGCCAUACCAUGCCGUGCUGUUGGCCGACUCGCUCUCCCAGCUGGGCGUGCUGCCUCUCACCUGCGGCCUGGAGAAUUUCCUGUAUGUGGCCAUGCACCUCACCCAGUGCCUGUCCUUGCUACACUGCUGCUUCAACCCCAUCCUCUACAACUUCAUCAACCGGAACUACCGCUACGACCUCAUGAAGGCCUUCAUCUUCAAGUACUCCACGCGGACUGGCCUGGCGCGCCUCAUCGAGACAUCCAACGUGUCCGACGCGGAAUACUCCGCAGUCGCCGCUGACAACCCCCCGCAGAUAUGAGGAGCUCUCCGUUAAAGCGUCAUGAUUAAAAUUCCGUCCACCACCAACUGACGUCAUAUUUGACGUUAAAUGACAUGUACAGACAUUUUCUGCAGCUAUAUCAAAAAAUCCUGUGGACAGGAGUGUAUCACUAUCGAUGGAGUGAUUGCAUAAAAAGCACUUAGGGAGCAGUUUUAUUAGUGAAAUCAUGUAUAUACAUGGUUGAUUUUUUUUGUUUGUUUUUUUGUUUUUAAAGCCAAAUCAGUGCGUACAAACCUUAUAUGUGUAAGGUUGAGUAAUGCAGUGUUUCCAAACAUUUAUUAGCCAAUGCACAUAUUUCACAUUAGAAAAUCUCAUGGCACACCACCAAACAAAAACAUUAUUGUGGAAUGAUGAUGAUCUAGUCUCCAUUUACUCACAAAUUUAGUGAAAUCUGGCCAAGGUUUAUUGAACACAAAGCUGACUUAUUGUGUUGUAUGAACCGCAACAGGUGGAUACAGAAGUUUAUUGUACCCUUUAUCAUCUAAUGAAAGUACCAUUUAAGACAAAUGAAUAACAGAUUUGUAGACACAAAAUUAUUUUCGGACACUGUGCUGCUGCUCAGUGGUUGGGAAUCACUGCAUUUGUGUGUGUGUGUGUAUCGAGAGAGACUGGCAGGCAUUGCUAGAACUAUACUAGUGAAAUGGCAUGUUUAAUCAAUCUAUUUAUACUCACUUGAACUGUUUGACUUUUGUCACUCACAACACUGCUCUACCGCACUCACAUCUGCCUCAUCCUUUCAGUAUGUCCACUGACUGGCUCCUUGUUCAAGUCCUGCUGUCACACGUUAGGUAUGAAAACCUCAUGGUGUCACCUCAGUUGAAUCCUUCAACCAAAGAAGAAACACAUUUACUGUACUUCACCCUAAUUGUUCUUAUCUUUUGGGGCUUACCGUAACGAUUGAUACUAUCUCUAAAUAGCACAUUAAUGACUGAAGCGCUAAAAUUAAGCCAUCAUGUAGACAUAAAAGGCUCAGAAACGCUAGUUAUCCUGCUUCACUAGCUUUUUUUGUGAGCCUAUGUUGCUAGCAUUGCUACGCUUUGAUGUGUGUUAGUUUCUUUUUUCACAUUAUCAGCUUUUUUUUGCGAGCCAUGUCUUUAGCAUUGUCAUGCUAUGAUACAGUAUUGUACAAAAAUGAAACCUUUACAUAUAAGCAUGGUUACAUUAGAAAGCCUUUUAUCUUACAAAAGGCUACCAAUUUAGUUGUCCUGCUUCGCUAGCUGCUUCCUACCCUCACCUAUUGUCACGAACUGUGGGUCGUGACCGAAAGAACAAGAUCCCGGAUACAAGCGGCCAAAAUGAGUUUCCUCCGCAGGGUGUCCGGGCUCUCCCUAAGAGAUAGGGUGAGAAGCUCGGUCAUCCGGGAGGAUCUCAGAGUAGAGCCGCUGCUCCUCCACAUUGAGAGGAGUGAGAUGAGGUGGCCGGGGCAUCUGAUCCGGAUGCCUCCCGGACGCCUCCCCGGUGAGGUGUUCCGGGCACGUCCCACCGGGAGGAGACCCCGGGGACGACCCAGGACAUGCUGGAGAGACUACGUCUUUCAGCUGGCGUGGGAACGCCUCGGGAUCCCCCCGGAAGAGCUGGAGGAAGUGGCUGGGGGAGAGGGAAGUCUGGGCUUCCCUGCUAAAGCUACUGCCCCUGCGACCCAACCUCGGAUACGCGGUAGAAAAUGGAUGGAUGGAUACUUCACUAGCCUUUUUCGUGAUCCUGUCCUUAGCAUUGUUGCAUUGUGAUGUGUGCACUAGGCUGCUAACUCCUAGUUAGCCUGCGUCUUUAGUAUUACCUUACUGUGAUGUGCGGGCUAAAAUGAAACCAUUACGCAUAUUAAUAGUUACCUUAUGAAGACUCUUAGUUUACAUUAAAUGUUGCUAACUGCUAGUUAGCCAACUUCAUAAGCCUUUUUCUGUUACCCUUUGUCUUCUGUAUUGCUGCGUAGUGGUGGUGUGUGUGUGUGUGUAUUAGCUAGCUGCUAGUUAACCUGCGUCUUUACCAUCAUCUUAUUGUGAUAUGUGAGCUAAAUUUAAACCAUUGCAUGUUUAAAGUUACAUUAUUUAGCCUUUUAUCAGACAUAAAUGACUGCUUACUGUUAGUAAUCCUGCUUUGCAAGCCUGUUAUCUGACAUAAAAUGCUGCUAACCACCAGUUAGCCUGCUUUGCUAGCCGUUUUCCACUAGCCAUCUGUGAUAUGUGUGCUAAAAUGAAACCAUUACGAGCAUUCGUAUUUGCCUUAUGAAGCCUCUUAUCAGACAAUAAAGCUGCUCACUGCUAGUUUGCCCGCUUUGCUAGCCUACAGUAUGUCUUUAGCAUUGCAGAGUUGUGAUACGUGUGCUAAAAUGAAGGCAUUACACAUUUUCAUAUGUAUAACUUAUGAAGCACUUAUCUGACAAAAUGCUGCUAACUGCUCGUUAGUCUGAUUUAGGAACCCUUUUCUGCUAGGCUGCAUCUUUAUCAUUGCUGCUCUGUGAUGUGUGUACUAAAGUGUAACUUUUAUCAGUGUUCAUGGUUACCUUAUGUACUGUAGCUUAUUGCUAACUGCUAGUUAUCAUGCUUCACUCACUUGUUUCUGCUAGCCUAUGUCUCUAGCUUUGCUGCGCUGUGAUGUGCUAAAAUGAAACCAUUACAUGUGUUCAUAGUUACCUCGCGAAGCCACUUAUCAGACAUCAAGAGCUACUAACUGGCUUUUUCGCGAGCUUACGUCGUUGGCAUGCUGAGUUGUAUGUGCUAAAAUGAAACCAUUACACGUUUCUAGUUACCUUAAGUAGCCUCUUAUCAGACAAAAGGCUGCUAACUGCUAGUUAGCCCUCUUCGCUAGACUUUUUCUAUUAGCCUGUGACUUCAGCAUAGCCGUGCCAUGACGUAUGUGGCUAAAUGACCUCAUACCCACAUUACGCACAUAUUAUUGGGUUUUAAAUGACUGCUAGGUAGGUGAGUUUAUUCUUAGAGUCAGCUCUGGCAAAGCGAGCUAGCAUUGUCUGGAGAAAAGGUCAUAAACAGAGUCACGUUUCCAACACUUCCCAUUGAAGGCGUAGCCAAUAAAUAACCCUCACUUGACCCUUUUCUCACAGAAGUGAAAAGCCUCAUAUUAAAGGGUGUGACUGGCCUGAAAGGCGGGUGGGUGGUGGGGUGUGGGGGGGGCGUAACAAACCAAUUAUCUCUUGAGUUCAGGCUUCAACUGUAGGCCGACCGAGUGUGAACUCAAAAAGCUGCCUGUGAUGCUGUUUCUAUGUUACAUUUGGAAUGGAAUUAAUCCUGCUGUAUCAGCACAUCAGGGCCACACAAGCACACACUGACUUUUACAACCAAAUAACAAACGAAUAGCUUUACUGCUUGUGUGCAGGCAGCAGCUGUGAUUUUGAUGUGCAACUACAAAGUGUUGAUUCGAGGACCAAAUGAUUGCGGUUUGUCUUGUGUUUCUGUGAGCGCGGGUGUGGUCAUGUUUUUUUUUUUUUUUUUUUUUUUGUCUUAGCCACCUUCCAAUGUGGGGGAAUAUUAUCAUUUCAUAUGCUGACAUGGUUUCAUGUGAUCGAGACUGGGGAGAAGAAUAUGUCUGCAACGGCACAGGCAUCCCUUUGCUAUUUGUAAAAUUGUUCUGUCAAAUAUAUUAAACACAGUGAAAAUA